UCUUCGUAAUAAUAAGAAGAUUGACCCGAAAAACAAAAAUAAAAAACUGCUUCAGCAGCCACACCAUAAACUUCCACAUUUGGAGUUCAAGCUGUUGGUUAUUUUCACUGGUCUCUGCGGAAGAUAUCCUGUGGUGUAUGAUGUUCGCUGAUAAUGUAGUUCCUACUAGAAGAAAUCAGAGCAGGAACAAUGCCUGAAGGAAUAACAGCUGAGAAUCUUUUGAACAAUCUCAUGGAAACAAUAUCUGAUGGUGGUUCAAAGCAGAAAUCUGUGUCAUUUUUCGAGGAAGAGAAAUCAAAUCCAGUCACUUCUCAGUUCAAUCGGCUGUUUGGACGUGAGAAGCCAGUCCACCAUAUUUUUGGGGGUGGAAAAGCUGCUGAUGUGCUACUAUGGAGGAACAAGAAGAUUUCAGCAAGCUUUUUAACUGGUGCUACCGGCAUUUGGGUGCUCUUUGAAUGGCUCAAUUACAAUUUUCUAAGUCUUCUGUGCUUUGCUUUGGCUAUUGGUAUGCUUGUUCAGUUUCUUUUGUCAAAUGCUUCUGGCGUAUUGAAAAGGCCUUCAUCUAAAGUUCCUCGUCUUAUUCUACCUAAGGAGCUAUUUGUCAACAUUGCCAAUUCUGUUGGUGCUGAGAUUAACCGAGCUUUGGGCUAUCUUCAGGACAUUGCCUCUAAGGGAAAUUUGAAGGAGUUUUUAGUGACAACUGAGUUGACCCUUGCGGAAUCCUUUCAGGCUGUAGUAAGCUUAUUGGUUGCCGGUAUGAUUGGAAGCUGGUGUAACUUUUUGACUGUUUUGUAUGUUGGUUUUGUAGCUGCCCACACUCUGCCUGUUCUGUACGAGAAGUAUGAAGACGAAGUUGACGGCUUUGUUUACAAUGGUCUCGAACAGCUUCAGCACCACUACAGGAAGUUGGAUACUGGUGUCCUCAGCAGAAUCCCCACGGGAAAAGUCUACCGAAAGAAGCAUGAAUAGAUUUUAUUCAUGAACUCGCCUACCAUUUGUAUCAAUCUUCAGCAAGUAUAAUUUCCGGGGAUUGAAUUGAACAGUAAUUCUUGUAUUUGGAACAUGUUUUACAUUCAUUGCAUGCAUUCAAAAACAGCAUGUAGUGAUUGGUGUAUGAUGAUGUUUGGCCCAAGAGAAACUCCCAGAAAUUACAUAAUAGUGAAGAUCUGAAUAAUGAUUUUUCUCUGGGUAAGUUGAGGGAUUGGCUUCUAUGUCUACCUUUUUAUUCCUA